AUGAACGAUGAUGAAUCGGCUUAUUCGUCUCAGCAAGGAGAUGAAACCAUGAUGAAUAAUGAAGAUAUGAAUAACACCUCAGGAAUGACAGCGUCAUCAGGAGGGGUUGCAAAAAAAGAGAGCGUGAGCCCCUAUGUAUAUAUGGAGAGAAUUAUUGACAAGUUGAAAUUAUUAAAUUAUGAGAGAAGGAAGGAUUUGUUUCCGAAUUUUUGUAUAGGAGGUUUGCCAAGGUUUUAUUUUGCUCAUCAGGAUAAGGAUCAUCCACAUGAGCAGUUUUAUACAUUCAUGACCAUUUCGUCGUGGCUCAUUACCGACGUUUUGAAACAAGACGAUUAUGAACGACCUGAUUUUCAAGUAGACGAUCCCAAUACAACCACCCAAAAUUUGGCAUUUCAACUCAAAAAGAUGGGCAUACCUCUCGAUUUUCCUCCGACCAAGCUAAGACAAGCAUAUGGAGAACCUGCUUGCUAUGUUCUGGAUCAAUUGUUAAAUAAGGCCCUCAAAGAUCUAAAAGCCAAGCUGAAAACUCCAGAAGUUCCCGAAGAAAUUAAAUUCCACGAAGAUGAAGACAUACCCGAAGAAAAUGACGAUAUUGAAGAUAGUGAAGAAAUUCGAGAGCAGGAGAGUGACAACGAAGAUGAAAUGUACUAUACCGUGGGAGGCUCCAAAAAGGAUUCCAAAGACUCUGAAAAGCUUGAAAUGAUUGAAGGUUACCACAAUGCGCAAGAGUGGAGAUUGGAAACGGAACGAUUGUCUUCCCAACUCGUUGUGAGGCUUAAUGUGGAUCACAAGGACUGGAGAACACAUGUUGAAUCCAUGCAAGAGCAAAGUGAGUCUAUUAAGGACCUAACUCCCAAUUCCACCUCACAACUCGAAAAAAUAGCAGAAGAAAUUGAAAAAAUUAAUUCCCGAAUUCAGAAGAGAGAGAAAAUGUUAAGCGACGACUCUUCGAUCGGAAACUUACUCUCAACCUACUCUAAAAAUCAACAAGAACUUGAUGAGAUUACUAAAAAAUACAAGGAGUUGGAAGAAACCAUCUCGCAGUUGAGUGCCGAUCUUGGAAAAAUCAAUCAAGAGUUUAAUGACGUCAAGAACAACGCAGAGGAGCUCACCAAAAAAAUGGCUGACACAACCCCACUUCGUGAAAUUAAGGAAGCUCUCGUCAAGAUACGAAAUGACAUUAAACAAUUAGACAUGAGAAAUGGUGUUCUCCAAAAUCAAGUUCUCCAAGCGAAAAUGAAGACUUCAAGAGUAUUAAGCGCGAAAGGAAAGAAAAUUUCUGGACUUUCCUCCCAACAACUAUCCUCAGGUUUUGAAUUUGAUCCAUUCCAUUAUUAA